AGUGAUGAUACGCUGUACUGCUUGUAUCAUAAUAUCAUGUAUACUUUUUGUACUGUUACCGUACAGUUACGCCGUACGCCGCCAUCUCGUGGCAGUAUAAUACCAGUACGAUAGUAGUAUUUUGUGCGGUAUCGCACGCUUGGUUAUCUGGGAUCAGCUGUGAGACAAUGAGACGUUUCGCGCGGCGACAGUGGCGAUCUCUCGUGCGGAGUGGACGAAACACGACGAAAUGAAAUUUGACAGCCGCAUGGACGACACGAAACGUCAAAACAGAAACGACGAGAGAGAUCCAAGGAACAACAAGAACAUGACUUGUGAGACGAACGAGUGAGACACACGACCAGAGGUAAUACGUCAAAAGAAUUGGGUCGACAAGAUACCUGCUCUCUGUAAAAAAAAAAACCGAGACUGGGCCGAUAUAUUUAGGUUUAUCAAAACGGCGGAGAGAUGUUUAUAGUCACGAAAGAGAUCGACAGCGAGAACAUCAGCAAAUUGUGUCGCACCUGCCUACGGGAAGACGGCGACAAGAUGGUAUGCCUGUUCGUGGGACCGGCCGGCUCCUCGCUCGCCGCUAAAUUACGAUCUCUCUCCUGUCUGGAAGUCUGGCAGGGAGACGGCUUGCCCGAAAAGAUGUGCGACCGUUGCGUCACCAGAGCGGAGUCGGCCCUUUUGUACCGGGAGCAAUGCCGCGCCGCUGACCGGGCCUUGAGGCAAGCGGCGUUGAAGGUAUCUCGAUUGACGUCGUACGCCACCGUUUCCGGCUGCAAGCUUUAUCAGAAUCAGCAGAGUCAAGGAUUCAUGCCCGUGCAAAAUUCUCACAAGACACUGAAAUGCGUGGAAUGCGGCGCGGUGUUCAUGAAUUACCAGGAGCUCUGCGCCCACAACCGGCUGCACUUGCCGUUUAUUCAGGACAACAUACCCAUGCAACAUAUGCACAUCGUGGAAUCUCAGAAUCCGUAUCUUAAUUUCGCUCAUGUCGGCUCGAACUUUGCCAACGACAAUAUUCCAAGUACGCAAUUAUCUCCGUUGGUCAGACCGAAUGUGAUGCACACCAUGUCGCUGACGAACGAGGAGAGCUCGAGUCGAGCUGCCUGUGCCUUACACUGUUCCUUGUGCAAUCACACUUUUACCAAUAGAAGACAGUUAAUAAGUCACAAUAUUACGCACAGUACGGAGAGCGUCGAUAUGUCGUGCGACAAUGAGAACAUAGAGAUUUGCGAGAAUUCCAGCAAUAUCCCGCAAAACUUGAGCUACGAGAGGUCAAUUCAUUCCGUCGACAAUCCUAUCCAGAACUUGUCGUACCACAGAUCCACCGUGGACGACGCCGACGGGAUGCAGAAUAUAAACUUCCCGGAAAAUAUCGAUCUCGACGGAGUCCAGGAGAGCAGCUCGGAACGCAUGCAAAAUGUCGCGAUGCAUCCCGAGAACGACGUGUCGACGAUCGCCGAGAACUUGAGAUUCAUAAAAUCGCCCGGGAAAGACCGGCAACUCGCGAUCGAGUAUCACGGGUGUCCAAGCGACGACAGUUACAAGCAGCCUCUCGACAUAAAAACCACGGAGGAGGAUGUACACGUUAAGAAGCAUCAGUGCGAGAUAUGCUCGAGGCAAUUUUCGCAAAAGUCCAAAUUAUUUGCUCAUCAGCUGUCUCACUCCGGCCAGCAGCCGUUUAAAUGUCCAAGCUGCGGCAAAGGUUACGCAUCGAAGAGCAAGCUCAGCGCCCAUAUGAGAUUGCACACCAAGACCAACGUACAUCAGUGUAAAGUGUGCGAUAAAAUAUUUUCAUAUCCGUCGUACUUGGAGGAGCAUGUAAAGGUCCACAAUAAGAGCGAUAACACAACGCAGAGCAAAGACUACGAAUGCACGACGUGUAACAAACGUUUUCGGCUUUUGAAAAAUUUGAAAGCUCACGAGAGACUUCACACCGGAAGGGGCUUGGUGCAAUGCGAAAUUUGCGACAAGAAAUUCAGUCAUAAUUACAAUCUAAAGAUGCACCUGCGAACGCACAAAACGUCGAGAGUGCACAAAUGCGAGUAUUGCGACAAGCGCUUCGUGCAGAAGGGCAAUCUGGUCGAGCAUCUGCGAAUUCACACGAAAGUGAAGCCUUUCGCGUGUAAAUUGUGCGGCAAGAGAUUCGCGCAAUCGAGUCACCUUAAAAGCCACGAAGCCUCGCACGGCACGCUGCGGCAACACCAAUGCCGAUUGUGCGGAAAGAGAUUCAAGCUGGCCAAUCAUUUGAAACGGCAUUUAAAUUUACAUACCGGUACAAAGACUUAUAAGUGCAAUCAGUGUAAUCAAAUGUUUUCGCAGUCUUUUAGUCUGACGAGACAUUUAAAGAAGCACAACGAAUCGCAUAUAUAAUUUAUAUAUGAUGAAUUGAUAUAUUAAGAUAAUUUAUGUACAUAUAGACGUAUGUAUGAAUGGACAUUGCAAUACAUGUUUUAUAAUUGUAAAA